CUUUGUUAAACGCAGUGCGUGCAAAAUCAAAAAACUGUGUUCAUCGUGGUGUUCGCGGGAAGAAGAUGGAUUACGUGAGUUUCGAAGUUUUGCAGUCGAAAUCAGGGCCGGAUAGAUUAAGGAGAAGCAGUACGGGAGUAUAUUUAACGGCCAAAGAACUGGUGAAAUUUACGAACGGAUUCAGUGAAGAUAAUUUUAUUGGAAAAUUUCAAUUCGGAGAGGUUUAUCGCGGAUUUAAUUAUCGUAAAGAAGAAGUUAUCGUUAAGGUUUGGAAUAAUGAGCUGCAUAAUGUUCGUCCUGGCGACAAUGAAGCCAGAUACUCUGACGAAAUUCGGGUGCAUGAGUGGUUUGGAACUCACAAUUUUCAUCCAAAUUUGGCUAAGCCGUUUACAUUUUGCAACGACCAGAAUUAUUUGGCUGCUGUUUACCAUCUUCAGCCACGAGCCAUUGACACACUUCAUAAUCUCAUUGAAAAAGAUAGCUUUACCUGGCCACAAAGGAUCAAGGUUGCUCUUGGAUUUGCUUCUUUACUUCAAUUCAUGCAUUCUGAGAGCCAGAGUCCUACACGUUUGCCGUAUCUUAUUCGUAAUAUUGAUGCUGCUCAUAUAAUGGUUGAUGAGGAUCAUGAAGCAGUGUUGUUUGAUUUAAGCAUGAUUUCUGGUGGAAUUCUCAUCGACAAAAGAAACCUUCCAGAUCAAUAUGUUAAUGGAUGUCAUGGUUAUAUUGAUCCAGUUGGGGCAUAUCCAGGUAAAUGGUCAGACAAAUGUGAUGUUUUUUCGUUUGGCGUUCUGAUCUUAUCUUUAAUUAGCAAAAGAGUCUGCAAAGACAUUGGUGAUUCUUCCCCAGUGUAUGAAUGGGCUAAGAAAGAGUACAAAUCGAAAAGUUCAUCUACUAAUUUUGGUAAAAGCCAGUGCUCGCUUGCGCAUCAGAGCCUAGAAUCAGGACCAGAAUUCUACUCUAGUGAUGCAAUUGCUAUUACAAAAUUGGCGAUGCGUUGUAUUCAGCAGGAUCCUCAAAAGAGACCAAAAAUGAAGAAAGUUGUUGGAUGUUUACGGAAUUCGAAUGUUGCUCGACAUUAUGCGGAUAAUUGGGAAAUUAACAAGAUAGUCAAUGGUGAUCAUGUUGGUAUUUUGCAACAUGAUAACCAUUCAGGGAAGAAAUCUAAGCAACAUUUAAAAUGGCACCAGAAACGUGUCUUGCGAUUCUUUCCUUCUAGACUCACAGCUUCCAGAAAUAUCAAAGACUUUAGUCAUAAUUGGAAAGGGGGAAGUUCUAUUGAAGGAAAAGGUAAUGCACUGAAAGUGUUUUCUUAUGAAAACCUAUGCAUGUUCACCAAUAAAUUUAGUGAACAAAAUCGCAUUGAAAAUGUCCAAUACGGAGAAGUUUUUCGUGGUAAGAUUGAUGAUAAAAACGUGAUGGUGAAGAUUUGGAAAGUGAAUAAUGAAUUGUAUCUAGCUGAUCGGUCUCAUAAUACAGACAGGUUAUGGGAUGAGAUGGCAUUGCUUCAGGAUCCCAAACUUAUAUCCCAUCCAAAUUUGGUUAAAUUGAUCGGAUACUGCUAUGAGGAAGAUGGUUUUGGUGUUGUGUAUGAUCUUGAUCCACACGAUACAGUACGUCGUCUUAUGCCUAGAGAAGAUGGCUUUACUUGGCUGCAGAGGAUUAAGGUUGGACAUGAAUUUGCCAGCCUCCUUAAGUUUCUUCAUGCUCCUAAUCCACCCUAUGAGCCAUAUAGAGUUCGCAGCAUAGAUGCUUCUCAUAUUGUACUUGACAAGGAGUACAGCCCAAAAUUAUUUGAAUUUGGGAUUUGCAGUGGUGGAAUCAUUCUUGACGAUAGAUAUAAAAGGAACAGGUAUGCAUGUGGAAGCGGGGAAUACAUUGAUCCGCAUCCCGCUACUACACGAGGAGGCCCGCUGGCGACAAGAUCUGAUGUUUUUGCUUAUGGCUGCAUACUCCUGAGCUUGAUAUCGAAACAAAUUUCUACAUUUGAGGAGAUACGGAAUGGCGCUCCUGACAUUAAUGAAUGGGCCGUCGAAGCAUACGAGUCGCAAAGAUCGAAGAAAGGCUCGGGGUCGCUUGUGCAUGAAAGCCUAAAGAAUGAUGAUGGUUUUAACGAGAAUGAUGGAGCUGCACUCACAAAGUUGGCACUGCAGUGCGUAGAAAUGGAAGGAUGCAAGAGACCUACCAUGAAACAAGUUGUGAAGCGUUUACGGAAGCUACAUGUCUUUGGCAAUCAUGCCAGAGACUUGGGUAUCAAGUAUAGGAAUCGCUAGUUUGAUAGUUGCAGAGAUUUAGACAUUUAAGUUAUACUAGUGUCGCUUUAUGUGUUUCAUAUGUGACUCGUCGUGUGAUUCGUUAAAUUAUGAUAAUUCUAUUUAUUGUAGACUAGUUUAAUGUACACGUGCGCCGCACGUGGUUUAUAGUUUUUUUAUUUAUCAUAAUUUAUAUACGAAAUUGUUGAAUA